CCUCACACCUUCUCCUCCUGCUCCUGCUGACAACCAGGGACCCUCCACACCACACCCAUGGCCUGCUACGACCUCUGCCGACCCUGUGGACCCACCCCGCUGGCCAACAGCUGCAACGAGCCCUGUGCCCUGCAAUGCCAGGACUCCAGCGUCGUCACCAACCCUUCCCCGGUGCUGAUCACCCUGCCAGGACCCAUCAUGACCUCCUUCCCCCAGAACACCGCCGUCGGAUCCACCUCCUCGGCUGCUGUUGGCACUGAACUCAGUGUGCAGGGACAGCCCAUCUCUGGUGGAUUUGGUGGCUUUGGCUAUGGCCUUGGCUAUGGCCGUGGAUUUGGCUACGGGCUGGGAGGCCUGGGCUGCUAUGGCAGAAGGGGCGGCUACAUCUGCUAAGGGCCCUCAGCACCAGCCCUGACACCACCAGCUCGGUGCUGUGGCAACAGCUCCUGCAAGCAAAGCACCUCGACUGAUGGUCACCCUUAUUGUACCUCACACCAUUUCCCUUCCACUUGUUUCUCCUGCCUUAUACUUCUUUUGCCUCAAUAAAGUAUCCUUGUAACAUA